AUGACCUCCAAGAAGUCCCACUACAUGAACACCAUACUGGAAGACAAGAUCGCAAUAAUCACAGGAGGAGCAUCAGGUAUCGGCGCAGCCAGUGCUCGCCUGUUUGCAAAUCAUGGAGCCAAAGUCAUCAUCGCUGACUUUGCAGACGAAAAAGGUCACAAACUUGCGGAAUCCCUUUCGCCACAUACGACCUUCAUCCAAUGUAAUGUAAGCAAUGAGCAAGACGUGAGCGCAGUAGUUGAUUUGGCUAUGGAAAAACACGGACGGCUCGACAUUAUGUUCAACAACGCAGGAGUCACUGACAGACAGACAGGUACCGUUGCAGAUUACGGGAUGGACCAAUUUGACAAAGCCAUGAAUGUAAACGCAAGAGGUGCAAUGCACGGCAUUAAGCACGCAGCCCGCGUUAUGAUCCCAAACAGAAAAGGCAGCAUUAUUAAUACAUCGAGUGUUUCUGGUAUGGUGGGAGGCAUGGGGCCUUAUGGAUACACAGUUUCUAAGCAUGCAAUUAUAGGUGUGACUAAGAACGGUGCAGCUGAGUUGGGGAAAUAUGGCAUCAGAGUCAACUGUAUUUCUCCUGCUGCGCUCGCCACUGAAUUGGUAAUGAAUUAUUUGGGAAAGGAUUCUUCAGAAGAAGAAAUUGCCAAAGUUGAUGCUGUAGCUCACAGCAUAGCCAACUUGAAGGGAACAGUUCUGAAAGCAGAGGAUAUUGCAUAUGCGGCAUUGUAUUUGGCCAGUGAGGAGUCUAAGUAUGUAAGUGGUCAUAAUCUUGUUGUGGACGGGGGAAUCGCAGUUGUAAACCACAAUUGGGGACUAUACAAGUGA